AUGCCAUCAACGCUGUAUCAAGGGACGCUUGGACUAGCCGAUGUGGCGAUUGCUCAGGUAGCGUGGGCGCUGUACGGAACGUAUCAUCAACACGCCUUUGCUUUUUUCAACGCCAACCCCUCUAACAAGAUCGAAUGGCGAUGCGAUCUACCUCGUCUCAACCUCCCGUUGCCGUACGAAACAUCCAACUUCCAAAAUCUGCAGGAACUUUGCGCGGUUCAAAUGUCUGGAGGUAAUCAGGCGGUUGCCAGGUAUGGACCCAAUAGCUACGAAAACGGACAGACCUUCGUCUAUGCCACAGAUCCUGACCGAGUCAUCGACAUCUAUGGUAGUAGGAUCCGGCUUGCGGGUGCGCUGAAAGUCCCGAUAUGCUCAGGCAACGAGGCUGCGGGCCAACUGGAACGGUUUUAG